CGAGCAUUGGGGCCCCAUCCCCCCUUGGAAGAUCCGCCCAUCCCUCUCCUUCCUCCUCCUCCUUCCUCCUCCUCCUCCUCCUCCUCCUGCCGCUCCGUCACCGCGGGGGCCAGGCCUGAGCUUCAUCGUCAUCGUCAUCAUCUUCCUCUGUGUUUUAUCCACCCACCCAUCCAUCCCAAAAUCCCGGCGCUUCCAUGGUGCGGGAAGGGGGAAUGGCCCGGACCCCCUACAGCUCCACGCAGGACAUCCAGAUGGACGUCUUGGACAACGCUGCGCUCCAGGGCAAGUACAGCAGGCGCAAGAGCCGCUUCAAGCGCUCGGACGGCAGCACCUCCUCCGACACCACCUCCAACAGCUUCGUCCGCCAGGGCUCGGCUGAGUCCUACACCAGCCGCCCCUCGGACUCGGAUGUGUCGCUGGAGGAGGAUCGGGAGGCGCUGCGCAAGGAGGCGGAGCGGCAGGCCAUGGCUCAGCUGGAGAAAGCCAAGACCAAGCCGGUCGCCUUCGCCGUGCGCACCAACGUGGGCUACAACCCCUCGGCCACCGACGACGUGCCCGUGCAGGGCAUGGCCAUCUGCUUCGAGCCCAAGGACUUCCUGCACAUCAAGGAGAAAUACAACAACGACUGGUGGAUCGGGCGGUUGGUGAAGGAGGGAUGCGAGGUCGGCUUCAUCCCCAGCCCCGUCAAACUGGAGAACAUGAGGCUGCUGCAGGAGCAGAAAAUGCGGCAGAACCGCCUGAGCUCCAGCAAAUCGGGUGACAACUCCAGCGCCAGCCUGGGUGACGUGGUGACAGGGACGCGCCGGCCCACGCCCCCCGCCAGCGCCAAGCAGAAGCAGAAAUCGACCGAGCACGUGCCCCCGUACGACGUGGUGCCCUCCAUGCGCCCAAUCAUCCUCGUGGGGCCGUCCCUCAAGGGCUACGAGGUCACGGACAUGAUGCAGAAAGCGCUCUUUGAUUUCCUGAAGCAUCGCUUUGAUGGAAGGAUCUCCAUCACUCGGGUCACAGCCGACAUCUCGCUGGCCAAGCGCUCCGUGCUCAACAACCCCAGCAAGCACACGAUCAUCGAGCGCUCCAGCACCCGCUCCAGCCUGGCCGAGGUGCAGAGCGAGACCGAGCGGAUUUUCGAGCUGGCCCGGACGCUGCAGUUGGUGGCCCUGGAUGCUGACACAAUCAAUCAUCCUGCCCAGCUGGCCAAGACCUCGCUGGCUCCCAUCAUCGUCUACAUCAAAAUCACCUCCCCCAAGGUGCUGCAGCGACUCGUCAAGUCCCGGGGGAAGUCGCAGGCCAAGCAUCUCAACGUGCAGAUGGUGGCAUCGGACAAGCUGGCACAGUGCCCGCCUGAGAUGUUCGACAUCGUGCUGGACGAGAACCAGCUGGAGGAGGCGUGCGAGCACCUGGCCGAGUACCUGGAGGCGUACUGGAAAGCCACGCACCCCCCGAGCAGCAACCCCCCGAACCCGCUGCUGAACCGCACCAUGGCCACGGCGGCGCUGGCCGCCAGCCCCGCGCCCGUCUCCAACCUGCAGGCUCCGUUCCCGGAGGGGGAGCACGGCCACCUCCGCCACAGCUCGGGGGACUCGGGGGGUCGCGGGCAGGGCAGAGCCACCCUGCCACCCACCCGGCCGGGUCCCCGCAGCCUGGCCCGACAGGACACCUUCGACACGGAGGCUCCGGGCAGCCGGGAACAGGCGGGUACCGAGCUCGGGGAUUCGUGCUGCAUGGACAUCGAGAUGGAUCCGGUGGAGGAGGAACCGCCGGGCACCCCCGGGGACGGAGCCCAGCCUGGGCUGCGGGGCCAGAGCGAUGGGGAGGGUUGGGGUCGCGAUGUUUACACGCGUUAGGGUAAAGGGGUGCGGGCAGGGGGUCCCCCCCACCCAGUUUUGGGGUGCGGGACAACCCCGCUGGUUGCCUUGUGACCCCCCCCGAGCGCGGGGUCCCCACUCUGCCCCUCUGUUCAUUGAGGAGGGGUCUCCUCCUCCUGCCGCAGCCCCCCCGCAUCUCGCGGUGCCUCGGGGUCAUUCCCUGCCCGGCAGGGACAGCAAGUGACCAAAAGGGGACCCGGUGUGUCCCCGUGCCCAGCGCUGCCCGCUGGGUGCCCCCCUCCUCGCUUCUCCAUGGUGCUCUCCGGCUGCAGGGACCCCCGGAGCUGGCCCUGCAGGGACCCCCGGGGCUGACCCUGUAGGGGCUGACCCUGUAGGGACCCCCGGAGCUGAUCCUGUAGGGGCUGACCCUGCAGGGACCCCCGGAGCUGACCCUGUAGGGGCUGGCCCUGCAGGGACCCCCGGAGCUGACCCUGUAGGGACCCCCGGAGCGACCCCCGGAGCUGGCCCUGUAGGGACCCCCGGAGCUGACCCUGUAGGGACCCCCGGAGCUGAUCCUGCAGGGACCCCCGGAGCUGACCCUGCAGGGGCUGACCCUGUAGGGACCCCCGGAGCUGACCCUGUAGGGGCUGACCCUGUAGGGACCCCCGGAACUGGCCCUGUAGGGACCCCCGGAGCGACCCCCGGAGCUGGCCCUGCAGGGACCUGCCAGCUGUCACCCCCCACCCAUCCCAGCAGUGCCUGGCACUGUCCCCACAGCCCCCCCAAACCUCCGGGGGGGUGCAUGCGGUGUGUGCAGGGUUUUGGGGGGGGGGUCCCCGCUGCCCCCCGAGGGGGGGAGGGGGGCGGUUUGCAUGUGUUUGCCUUGUGGAGGGGCUCUGCCUGAAUUGGGGGGGUGGGUGGGGGGUGAAUCUGAGCCGGUUUUGGGGGUCUAACCCGUGCUAACAGCUGCCCAGCCCUGGCUUGCCGGGGGGGUCCCCACGUCCCGACCCCCCUCCCCUUUCCCCAUCUCCCCUUCCCGUGCCUGUCCAGCCAUGUCCGUCUGUCCGUCCGUCCGUCCGUCCGUGAGCCUCUGUCCGUCCCCCCUCACCCCGGGGCACUGCCUUGUCCUGUGCCAGCCCCGGGGGGGUCCCUUGUGCCCCCCAAACUCUGAGGGGUGACCCCACGUCCAUCCCUCACCGCGGGACGGGGAUGUCCCACCCACGGGGCAGCCCCUCGCCCCCCACCCCCACCCCUGGGGGGGAUGUUGGGGGGUCCCGGGGGUCACUGCCUUACCCAGACCACCAGCCCGGGUCGGGGGGCUUGGGGGCACCCAGCUCUGCCUCUGCCAAACCGCCACCCGUGUGUGCCUCAGUUUCCCCCUUUUUUUUUGGGGAGGGGGACUCGGUGUCACUGCCUGCCAAGUGCUUUGAGCCCCCCCUGCCCCAACGCUCGCCCCCGUGGCGACCAAAAUCCGGCCAGAGGGACGUCCCGUAUUUAUGUCACUCCACAAACUUUUAAUUUAAAGACGCGACAAAAAAAUGUAUUUUAUUUAUUUAUUCUC